AUGGAAGUAGCUCCUUUGGCCUUGGCCCACACCCAUGCACGAAACGCAGUGCUAGAAACUCGCAAGGCCAACCCAGUAGCUGCUAGCGAGGAGCAUGAUCUAGCUGCUGGUGAAUUUGCAACAGCUGCACAGAGCAGCUCCGACCAUGAGGCCCUACGGACACUACGUUUGCUCGAAACCCAUCACAAGAAGCUCGCCGAAAUCCUUCGCUUCCAGCAUGAACAUCGAAAUACCAUCCCUGCUGAACCGGCAUCAGCUACUACAUCUGCUACUGCCUCAGCAUUAGCGACCCAGCAGACCGCUGCCGAGCUCGGGGGCGCAAAAAGUGCAAGCACAAACCAGGAUGCACAACUACCACCAAGACUGGUGGGCAACGCUCGUCUGCCAAGUCGGGACAAAUCCUCUAUUGCUAAUAACUUGGCUUCUGCCCGAGGAAUCCCGUCGCAUCCCCGACGUGGAUCGCCAGUGUCACCAACACUUACAUCGCAACAUGCCGCAGCAAAGAUGACCGAACCUCCGCCGAGGGCUAAAGCCGGCGAAACAAGGCUACACGAAUCCACCAAAAAUCGACACAGUCGUAUCUCUACAUCCAGACAACCAUGGUCUCCGCCGACACCAAGUUCCACUGAGAUGAUUUCCCAGCAAAUGGUACCUCCUAGUGGAGCUCAAACUAGAGGAUCGAAAAAUAAGCCUGCAAUUGCUGAUGAGGCAUUUAACCGCUUCUACUCGGCUGUCGGGGGUCUAGUGUCCAAGGUAUCAGGGCCUUUAGCAUUCGCAGGGAUCCAAAUGGCUUCUGUGGACCCAACCAGCGCUGAACAAAGCCGCAAGUCCUCAGCUGAGGUGAAACUUGACCGCGAGCAUGCUGUUCUAGACCGGUCAAUGACUGCUGGUGAGCCCGACGUCAACAAACUCUUCUCUCGAGCCGCGUUGCGCUCAAUUCGGGACGGCUCUGGGGCAGGUCCCGGGAACCCAGCAGAGUCCUUCUACGUAGUCCCAACCACGGGCGGGACUAUGUCAUACGCAGGGAUCCUCACCCGCGCUGAAAAGCAGGCACGCAGGAACAGCAUCGAGGAUGGUGAUGAUGACUUUGUGGAUGCACGAGAAACUCCCUCGUCUCCUGAAAUGCGACACAGUGCCAGUAGUUCACGCAUAUGGGCAGGACGCCGUGGCGCACCCGAUAAGCUUACCGGUCCGCAGACACAAAAGACAAUGGAAGAGAUGCAGGUUGAGAACGAGACCUUGAGGGGUUUGACCGAUUCGCUGGCGACACGAUUGCAUAUGUGGGAGGUGAGCGCGCAAUCUUCUUCGAUGGCGCUACAGCAAUCAAUCCGAAUGAUGCACCGCCAGAGCGGAGGGACUCCUGAUUAUCUCCAGCCCACAACGGCUACCGCCUCUCCUGUUGCUACACUGACUGCGCCGCCGGCUGCGGCUGAUACUGACGCGCGGAUCAAAGAACUUGAGGAGCAAGUCCGGCGUAGUGAGCAGAAACUUCAAACUGCUUCUCAGGAGAACGACAAACUCAAGAAUGUUCUUGGGCGAUAUCGAGACCGCUGGGAGAAAUUGAAAGAGGGUGCCAAAACUCGGAGAGCGGAGGGUCGCUCCGGUGACAGUCAGGGCAAUACCCCUACUAGAGCUGUUAGCAAGCCAUCAGAACUCCCAGCCUCUGUAGAUCCUGGUCAAGGCCCCUCUACUACUCAAUCCGGAUCUCAUGCUGCAGGUGAUAACCCGGCAUAG